GCGAGGAUCGCUAUUUCCUUUAGUAGUAUAGAGAUUUUAUUUUUUAUUUUGGGAAGGGGAACGGGGGGGGCGUAUGACAGGAAGAUGGGGAUAUGACAAGGAGAGGGGGAUAUGGAGAGGAGGAGGAUGUGGACGAGGAGGACGACGAGGAGUGGAGAUGGGGGAGGAGAAGAGAUGGACGGAUGGAAAAACGGAAGGGCAGGAGGAGGAGGACGAGUGGGAGGAGAAGACAUGGACGGCGAGGAAGGGGAGGACACGAGGAAGGGAAGGAGACGAGGAGGCAUGGAAGAUGAGGAAGUACGAGGAGGAGGAGGAGACAAGGAGGAUGAGGAAGRGCAGGAGGAGGAGGAKGARCAGCAGGAGGAGGAGGAGGAGGAGGAGGAGACGAAAAGGAGAAGGGAGGAGGAGACAUGGAAGAUGAGGAAGGGGAGGAGGAGCAAGAUCCGGUCAAUGAGCAUCUCCUUGGACGGGCUUCUGGAUUAUGUGGAGGAUGAUCGAGAAGAGUGUACUUUCGAGCUCUCUCUUUUUGCGGAGCUUUUCCAGGAGAUGCUUCAAAGGAAAUUUGGAAUGGCUGUAUACAACUCCUUGGUGGCUUUGCGCGAAGGACUUCGUUACAAGAGAAGGGACGAAAGGAAGCGCCCCCGGGAAACCAAGUCAGAGCUGGCAGCAGGGAGGAAAAAGACGAAGUUUGACAUUGAGCCAGUGGAGGAGGUCAAGGCUGAAGGAAAAAGUGACAAGGCAGGGAAGGCGGAGAAGGAUGACAAGACAGAGAGUAGUGGAAAAGCCACAGAGAACACGGAAAACGUUGGCGCCCAGGAGAAUGGUUCGGUGGAUGCAGAGAAUGCAAAGGAAACAGACACAAAGAAGGACACUGAUGUGGAGAUGUUGGAUCCGGCAAAGCGCCCUCAAAAGGAGGAGGAUAAGAAAAAGGAUGAGAAGAAAGAGAAGGAGGUCCCAGCAAAGGUGGAGACCCGGCGUGUUGUUGAUUAUGAUCUAGUGAAGGCUUAUUACUACUUCGACAAGAACCGAGUUGGGUAUCUCAAGCUGGACGACCUGAGGCGGCUGCUGCACGCCCUCGGAUUGUUUUUGUCACACAGAAAUGUCAAGGAUCUCGUGUCAUAUGCCAUCGCGGAAUCAAGCAAGUCUCGUGAUGAUCGGAUUAUGUAUAGGGCUUUCAUAGACAGGGAUGAACCUGUUGAAGUGAAGAAAGGAGUCUGAGAAUUCUCUGCCAUGUCUAGGGACAGUACUGCGAAGAACUUCCAGAGUUUCGUUCACCGGUGAGGUAGGCCAAUUAUAGAGUAGCAAGUAGCUCUGACAUUGAGAGGGAACAGAUACUGACAGAACAUGAUUACAAACUCAGGCACACAUGUUGAGGUUUGGAUGCUCAUCAACUAGACUGUCAUCAUGUUGAAGUGGAUGCCGCCUGACCAGAAUGCCAUGGAAAGGAAAGCCGAACACUGGUGUUCGACGAGCUCGUUGUUGUAUCUACAUAGGCCAAAAUGCAGUUGAACAGAGGGUAUGCCUUGUGUCAUGGGUAGCCAUCCACCCGGCUCUCCGUGAUCGGCGGCGUGAUAAGAGGCGCAGGUGCCAUUCCGCCUUGGUGGGGUUUUGGAGAAAGGUUGUGGGUGUUUCCAUAGUCCAUUUUUGUCCAUGUGUGUCCAGUAGUGUGCCAUUGAUAGCCCCUGUAAAUCCAAGCUGGCGUCUGUCGGUGGCCUACCGAUUCGUAGGGAGGUCCUCUGGAGCAAGCUUGCUUCCACUCCAGAGUCUCUCAUGGUUGAGACAUCGAGCAGCCUCCUCCUCUGGAGCUUCCACUCUAUAUACCAGUGGAGACAGGACGAGGGAUUGUUUGAGCUUGUCACGAGGUCAAACGCACAAUAGGUCAGCUCUACGCUCGUCUUGGGCGGUUGGCCAUGUGGCUGGCUGGCCGCUUGUGCACGCACGAUUUGCUUUGGGCCGUGUGUAGCUGAGCGGCGCCUGCAGAGUUCCGAGCUGGGUCCGCUGGAGCAAGCGUUCUUCCACUUAACAGUGGCCUGGUCAAGAUGGCGAGCAGCCUCCUCCCCAAGCUUCCCCUCUAUGCCAUUUGAGCCUAGAUGAGGGAUUGUUGUUUGAUCUUGUCACUACGUCAAAACAUACUAGGGCGGGCGGGUUUACCCUCGUCUUGGCCAGUUGGCCAUGUGGCUGCCCACUUGUGUAUGUCUGGUUUGCUUUUGGCCGCUGUAGUCGAGCGGUGGCCGCCAAGUUCCUACAAUGGUAAUUAGAGCAGCUUGUCAUGAUUUACGGUUGUCGUAAAAUCCAGGGAAGUCGCUGGCUGUUGGUGGUGUUGAUGGAUGUGCUCCUCCCUUUGUCGAGCUGUCUUGCCAGUCUCGUGUUUGAGCCAGACAGCAUUUUGAUCUGUGGCAUGGGUCAAGAGCCCUCUUGUUGCACAAGCAAGGAUGUGGUCUCUGGAUGUAACUAGAUGUUGAAGUUAACUUUUUGGUGCACUGUCUAUCAUAUCAUACCUGUUGUGCAAUUUCUAUGGUCCGGGGUAAAUGCUAUUUUUGCUCGCCAGGUUGUAAUCUCCAAGGCCCAGCUUUGAAA